AUGAUUGCUGGCUCGAAACGCUUCGCCGUGCACUUCAAAGACGCCAUAUUUCACAGCUGGAUUAACGUCCUCUUGAUCUUUGUGCCCCUCGGUAUCAUAGUCAAAGCUAUCGGCCUCAAUGCCACAGUCGUCUUCGCCAUCAAUGCCAUUGCCAUCAUUCCAUUGGCGGGCCUGCUCAGUCAUGCUACCGAAUCGGUGGCCAGCAGGCUUGGUGACACGCUUGGUGCACUCCUCAACGUCUCUUUUGGUAACGCUGUAGAGCUCAUCAUCUUCAUCAUCGCUCUCGUUAAGAAUGAAAUCCGCAUCGUGCAGGCUUCCCUCUUGGGUUCCAUCUUGGCCAAUCUGCUCCUCAUUCUGGGAAUGGCUUUCCUUCUGGGUGGCUUGCGCUUUCGUGAGCAAGUCUACAACAGCACCGUCACUCAGAUGAGUGCAUGUUUGCUCAGUCUGAGCGUCACAAGUCUUCUGCUACCCACCGCCUUCUAUGCAUCCUUCAAUGACACCAGCCGCGAGCUGGCAAACAGUGCCGUCUUGAAGGUCAGCCGUGCAACCAGUGUCAUCCUGCUCAUCAUCUAUCUGCUCUAUCUGGUGUUCCAGUUGAAGUCGCACGCGUACAUGUAUGAGAGCACUCCUCAGGCAAUCAUCGAUGAAGAGUCCCAUCCAGUCAUCAUGUCUCGCACCGCCGCCGUCAUUCUCCUCCUCUGCUCCACCGCCCUGGUCGCCGUCUGCGCCGAAUUCAUGGUCGAUGCCAUCCCUGAAAUGAUUGCCAACUCACCCUCCGUCAGCCAAGCUUUCAUCGGUCUGAUCAUCCUGCCCAUCGUCGGCAACGCAGCCGAGCACGUGACCGCCGUGACCGUGGCGACCAAGAACAAGAUGGAUUUGGCCAUCGGUGUUGCGGUCGGCUCAAGCAUCCAGAUCGCGCUGUUCGUCACCCCGAUCGUCGUCCUGCUUGGCUGGAUCUUGCACACCGACAUGAGCCUCUACUUCAACCUCUUCGAGACCGUCAGCCUCGUCGCCACCGCCUUCGUCAUCAAUUUCCUCAUCCUCGACGGCCGCAGUAAUUACCUCGAAGGUAGCUUGCUCAUCGCCGUCUAUGUGAUUAUCGCGGUGGUAGCCUUCUUCUAUCCCCAAACUGAUGCACAAAGUCUGAUCGGUGGCGGUGGAGAGGAGCACAUGAUGGCUCGGGUUGUCAACUGA